AUGUAUAGUGAGGGAGAUUAUGGAUCACCUCAGGGUAGCCCAUUGGAGCCAUCUGACGAUGGAAUGGAUGGGACUGGCACAAGUCCACAGGGCGAGGUCCAGUAUGGGACUGACACAAGUCCACAGGGCGAGGUCCAGUAUGGGACUGGCACAAGUCCACAGGGCGAGGUCCAGUAUGGGACUGGCACAAGUCCACAGGGCGAGGUCCAGUAUGGGACUGGCACAAGUCCACAGGGCGAGGUCCAGUAUGGGACUGGCACAAGUCCACAGCGUGAGGUCCAGUAUGGGACUGGCACAAGUCCACAGGUCGAGUUCCAGUAUGGGACUGGCACAAGUCCACAGCGUGAGGUCCAGUAUGGGACUGGCACAAGUCCACAGGGCGAGGUCCAGUAUGGGACUGGCACAAGUCCACAGGGCGAGGUCCAGUAUGGGACUGGCACAAGUCCACAGCGUGAGGUCCAGUAUGAGACAGCUCACGUAGUGUGA